AUGAUUAAUAAUUUAUUAAUCACCAAUUUAAAUGGGAAUAGUGUAUUUUCAAAAUAUUAUAACAAUUUAAACGAAGAAAAACAAAGCGAAUAUGAAAAAUUAUUAUAUCAGUUUACAAAAGAGGAAUGGGGGAAUGCUAAAAAUGAAAAACAUUUAGUUACCGAGUUUAGCGGAUAUAUAACUGUAUUUACAGGUGUUGGCGAUUUAAUGUUAUUUUUAUGUGGAUCUGACGAAUAUGACGAAUUAGCAUUAUCAGAUAUUUUAAUACCAAUUGUAGAAUCAUUAAAAGAUAUUUGUAAAAAGAAAGGUGUAACCGAAGCAUAUUUUAUAGAACAAAUACCAAAAUUUAUAUUAUAUCUUGACGAAAUUAUUCAAAGAGGCCACUUAGAUCAAGUACAAUUGGAAUCAAUUCAAAAUUACUUUGCACUUAAACACGAUCAACCACUUAAAAAAGAUAAUGUAUAG